ACUAUCGCUUCCUGUGCUACAUCUUUUAAUCGUAAAAAAAUGGGAAAAACAAUCGAUAAGCUUUAUUGUAUAUUAACUUUAGAAUUGGAAAGGAUUUUUAAAAAAUUAUUAGCUCCUAGUCCUCCUACCUACACACUACACCGAUGAGCCAACAAAAUUUACAUCUGGAGCUUUCCUCGAUCAUGAGUUCAUCUGACAUCUUGAUCAUCUCGAAACAAAUGGCUUCAAUGUCGAUGACUGACCAUGUUCGUGUUCUCCGUCAUAACAAGAGAUUACCACAGUCUAGAUAUUCCCCAUACACUUUAAGGACUAAGGAGAAGCAGAAAGAGGAGGCUGUACGACUCGGAGUUGAGCUCUCUCUCUUUGUGGCUGAAGCAAUGUUUUUAUUAUCUGAUGACAUACUGUUUCAUGUUAUACAAUAUGUUUUUGAAACAUACAUCAAACCAAAGAAUGGAGUCCAUCAAGAUGGUGGCAAAUCAAUUCAAUGGGAACAGUUCAAAACGUCUUCCUACUAUUUUUCUAUUGGAAUCAGAGUUUUGACUCGCAUUGUUUCGGUUCUUGAAGCUGGUGCCUUCGUGAAACCGUCUGGUUUAAAACACUACAACCAAGAGCUUACAAAGCUAGAGGAAAAUUUUAGGUCCAUCAAGGAUGUAUCAGAGGCGAAUGGAUUUGCGAGAGAAGCUAUAGAGUCUAACAUUUUUCACAUUUGGAAGUCUCUCUUUGAAACGACACAGGAUAUGAUAAGCCCUAAUAAGGCUAUAGUUAUUGAGCUGUUUAGGCCUCUUUUGAACGAAGAAAGUCGUGAUGCUUGCUCUCGUCUUCUUACUUCUUUACACAUAUGAAUCAGAUUUCAUAGAUUGGCAGAUUCUAUAUAAAGACAGAGUCUAUGAGUAGAAGAAAUUAAGGUUGUAUAGCAUAAAGAGACUUGAAAGGCGUUGAAGCUCUACAUUAGGAAGCAUCAUUGAGUAUUGUUUAAAGUGUAUAUCAGAUUCCUUUACGUUU